AUGCAACGGCUUCAGGCGCCAGAGUAACUUUCACAGCGCGAGCGACAAAACGCGAAUACAGGAGGGAGAAAGAGUGGAAAACUCGCGUGAUUUUCUCCACAUCCACUUCACCUCACCUCAGCCUGUCACUCAGACAUUUAACAGAAUGAUGCUGCAGCACCCGGGGCCCUCGCUGGCUGACAUCAGCUGCUCCGCCCUCGUCCCCUGCCUGUCGCCGCCGGGCUCGCUCACCCUGGACGACUUCACCAACUUCACGCCCAUCGUGAAGGAGGAGCUCCGGCUCGCCAUCCAGACCAAGCGCCUGUCCAGCGGCCUCAGCGCCGACGUCAGCUCCGACGGAGGCAGCUCCUGCUCGGAGCCGGCUGCCGGAGGGUCGGGAGUCAAGAGAGAGUUCACUGUGGAGGAGCACGACAGGAGGAAGCGACGCAGGGAGAGGAACAAAAUCGCUGCCGCAAAGUGUCGCAACAAGAAGAAGGAGAAGACGGAAUGUUUGCAGAAGGAGUCUGAGAAGCUGGAGACCGUCAACUCGGAGCUGAAGGCUCAGAUCGAGGAGCUGAAGCAGCAGAAGCAGCAGCUGGUCUACAUGCUCAACCUGCACCGGCCCACCUGCAUCGUCCGAGCCCAGAACGGACAGACCCCUGAGGACGAGAGGAACCUCUUCAUCCAGCACAUCAGGGAGAACACCUUACAACUCCACAACCUCACCUCGUCCACGUCCACGUCCUCGUCUUCGUUCACAUCUGCGGUCGUCCCUCUGGAGGGAGGACUUCUGUCCCUCGAUCACGUCCACUGUCCCGGUCACCUAUGAGCUUGGCUUUUGUUUUGUUGUUGCCACUUUUCUAAGACUCGCGUUGCUUCCGCCCGCCUGUGGGCGGAGCCACCAAACACGAGAAUGACGAGGAGACGUUUAAACAUAAAACCGCCAGAGAGUGCCGUCCACGCCCUGAAACUGAAACUGCUGAGUGGACAGUGGUGGACGGUCGGGGCCAAGAACAUGCUAAACAUGCUAAACAUGCUAAAGCACGAAUAAAAAAACCACCACAAA